AUACUUGUGCUACGUGUCUAUCUAUAUUUAUAUUAUAAGUUUUGGUCGUGGUAUUUAAUUUUUUGAUUUUACUUUAACACCACACAAUAAACAAUCGUUGUUCUGUCAAGUGUGAUGAGUUGAGCGUGCGAUUUGCGAAACGAAUAACCCUUACAGGUCCUCUCAGAUCAUUCAGAUGCGCGUUUAUUAGUCGAAAGUAUGAACUCGCCGUGGAUUGGAGAAGAAUCCAAUUUGGACUAAAAUCGCAAUUUUUUCACGGGAAGUUAGCCAUUGCUGCAUCGGCGAUGAUGCACGUACUUUCUUGUGCCGCAAUGUACAGCAAAUGUGCCGGAUAUUGGUUCGUAUGACGUUAUCCGAAUGUGAACUUCAUUUGCACGUGCAUGAGAAAUGUAUUUAAUAUAGCAUAUUCUAAACUCUUCGCGGAAACGCCGAAGAGAUCUUGCGUCCAGUGGGGAAGUGGUUAGUCAGUGAUAUUGAAAUCCUAUUAUACCACCGCAAAAUGGUUUUAAGUCGUAAUGAUAAGAGAAAAAAACGGGAGGGUGACCUGGUAGACCUCAUGGAACCACUCUCGGAAUCUCCGAAAAGGACCAAAGUUCAUGCACAAAGAAAAUUUGCACAAGGUGCAUCUACAGUGUUUACUACGUCACCUAUACCUGUUAAGGACAAAGAGAAAGUCAAACCUUCUAUGAUCACAGAAUUAAUAACUCACAAACGUCCAAAUACUGAGGAUUUUCUAACAUAUUUAUGCUUCAGAGGGACAUCCAUUUUGCCACCUAGUUUAAAUUUCUUCAACUUCAGUAAUACAAAAGAAAACCUGGAACCUAAACCUAAACCUGUGGCAGAUGAUACUUCUGCAAACAAUACAGUUUCUUUGCCUGAGACUUCUGCAGAGACUCCGAAGCAAGAGACAUGUCAGAAAAAUGUGACAAAAGUAAAACCUGUUGUUCCAGAGAAAAAGAAAAUGCCUAGCACAAUACACAAAAAUAUCAGUAAACUUAAAACAGCAACAUCUACAGUUCAGGCACUUAAGAAAAAAUAUCAGGAGCAACGUCUCGCCAAACAAAGAAUAGAGAACAAACUAAAAGCCACUUGUGUUAGGACAAGAUCAUCUACAGAAAGAGCUACAUUGAACACUGGGGUGAAAUUGGAGUCAGAAAAGUUCUUACCUCAAAUGCAAACCAAGAGACAUGGUUUAAGAAGCGGCUUACUGCUGAACAAGGCAAACAAAUCUUUGUCAAAAGCGAAAAUCCCACCAGGCAAGCCAAAGAGAAAGUUUAAUUUAAGAUUGACGAGUACGGAAUCUUCAAAUACAGAUGAGUCGUUUGAGGAGGAAGAUGACAAGGAAGAGGCUGACGAGGAUGAGUCACAAUCGGAAAAGACAACGUCGCAAAUAAAACGCAACGUACAAAAGAGCAUUCAGAAAAAAGUCUGCACCAGAAGCAAGUCCGAGCUGAGGAGAGUUACUAGAUCGUCCAGCGGCACGAUUUCCCCGAAAAAUAUCUCAACCAGGCCUACCAGAAAGACCAAAGAAGCAGCCACUGUGUACAUGGAAAUUCUUGGGAGGAAAUUAAUUCAGGGUUCCGAGUUAGAAACCGAAGAUAAUGUCUCGAUCGAGAGUUACCCCGAGCUACCGAAUGUCCGUAAAUUAACACAAGCGGAGAAUGAGGUUAAAGCCAAAGCGAAGCAGACUGCCGCGAAGACCGUCAGUAAGAGCAAGGAUUGCAAAGUUAACUCCAUCAAUGAUAACAAGCGAUUAGAUAAAAGCAAAAUUAACAAUAAACUGAUGCAAAUAAAGAGUAAACGUCUCAUAAGAGUUCAGACAUAUUGCGAGGAGGAUAGCGAUGAGGAAGAAUCUGCGAGCUCCGUGGAGGUAAUAGAAAAAAAUAACACGAGGCCCAUCACUCGACUAAGUCUUGGGAAACUCGACAAACCGAUCAACAGAGAGCAGAGAAGUCUCAGGUCAUCUACCAAAAAUACGCCUCCCGUACAGUCAGAAGAGCCGAGUAACGCGAAUAACAAACCGGAUACUCAAGCUCAAAAUUCUGUAAAGCCUGCCAAUGAGAAAUUGGCGGUGAAACGCAAACGGGAUCAAAAUCCACAAAAAGCAUUAUCUGAUAUCAGCGAGUCUAAACCGAAAAGCUUGAAAAACCAAAAUAAGGACGUGGAAUCGGAGGAAGAGACAUUAGGAAUGUUGCUGAGCAAAAUAAAGAAGAAGAAAGAGAACGAGGAACAGGAGCGAGUCUCUGACGAUAUUAGCAAUACGAAAGAUGACGCGACAAAACACAGCGAAGUGGUGCAAAGUACAAAAGUAGAUUUGUCGAAGGUAUCGGACGACGAGGAGUCUUUCCGCGGAUUUACCAAGAAGGCAAUAUCGAAAGUUUUGGAUUCGUGCCAGACACAUGCCAAUGUCAACUUACUAGUCGACGAGAAACUCGAUUAUGCCAAGAUGUUGAAUACGCCGGUUGACCAAAAAGCAAGCUCACCAAAACAAAAGGAAGAAACGUCGUCAGUCAAGGGCAACUCUUCCGUCGCAACUUCAUCGAUUGACGAUCGUAUUAAGACAUCCUUGCAACAACACAAGCCGCUAUUAGAUUCGUCUCGUAAGACGCAGAACUCUUCAUUACCAUCCGCGACGCAGACUAGCAAAAAAUGCAGUCACGAAGACGAAGUUUCUCCUAAUCUCAUGAAUAUGCCAUUAUCGGCUCUGCGCUCGAGGAAAGAACGAGUAAACAUGUCGACCGAACGAAUAGAGAAGUGGCUAAAUGAGAGCUCGCUCGCGAAGGAGGAGAGCAAGCUUGAGAUGGAAAAUGUUUCUACCUUCAGGUACGACUCCACCGAGAAAAUGAAAGUUGACGUCUCGCAUCUCUCUAUCCCGACAAAGAUUCAGCACCUGGUGCGCCCCGUCAAUGUCACGCUUUCCAAGCUGAUAGAUAAGACGAGCCUGAUGGAUCGCUUGAAAAUGCUCAAUAAGAACGCGACGCCACCAAAGUCCAAUGCGGACACCGCCAGUGACAAAUCGUCAACUGUCAGUACCAGUCAAAAUAAAAUUAUUAUCGACGCGAAGGAAGCCAUCAAGAUCAAAAGUGAAAAGGCAAGCAAGGAUACCGCUGAAAGCAGCGAUUCCGCGUCAAAAUCGGAUCAGAACACGGCUGACAGUUCUACGGAGAAGAAAUCGUCCACGGAGAAGAAAAUCUUUCAACCGCGCAAACCUUUCUUACCUAAAGUUAAAGAACGUAAAACUGUGACUCCCAACGCGAAUGCGUUUUCACCAGAAAACGAGAGCAGCGUCUACGCGUUCGAGAGCGAUACCGAAGUGCCUGUUAGCACGCCUUUUAGGAGAAAACUCAAAGAUAACGCGAAAUCGACUGAGAAGUCUACUGAAUCUCUGGAACCUCCUGUGAAACCGAUCACGAAAUCAACUACGAAGUUAGUUGCGAAGCCAACUGCAAAGUCAAUCAUGAAGUUGAUUUUGAAGCCGACCGCAGUAGUGCCCGCGGUAACGUCCUCCACGUCAUCCAUAGCAGCAUCCACAAAAUCCACGGCACUAUCCAUGACAUCCACGAUAACAACCACGGUAACAUCCAUGACAACAUCUACGAUAACAUCUACAGUAGCAUCUACGACAAUAUCUACGACAAUAUCCACGACAACAUCCACAGUAGUAGCUACGGUAACGUCCGUGGCAACCCCUAUUUUAGCAGUAACGUCCAUGGCAUCGUCCACGACAGCGUCCACAUCAAAGGUUCAAGCAGCCGCUGAGUUCAACACACCGAUUAUUGAAGAGAGCCUGGCCAUUCCGAGCGUGCCAAACGUUAGCGAGAAAUCAACGAGCAGCACUGACGUAAUGAAGGACCAAGAGAUCACAGCGGAAGCUAUAUCUAUGCCGAACGCAGCUCUGAAAUUAAACAACUUGGUCGAUUUAACUAACAUUAAAGUGUUACCGCUCAAUAAACUAGUGAAUAAUUGGAGCAAUGAGAACUGCAGUUCUUCCAUCGCGGUGCAGGUGAAUUUCGACGAGAACACGAAGGAACAGCAAGCACAAAACGACGAGCAGAAAACAGAGAAGAAGAAUAUAAAUCAGCAAAAAAGCAACGAGAUAUCCACGCAGACCGACGCCAACAACGACGACGACGACGACGAUGACGAGCAGUUGUUCUACAUCCCGUUGCAAGCUAUCACGAGGUCUGGACCGAAUUUACAGAAACGACAAGUGAUACAAGGUGUGGCCGUUAAGCUCGACACAGAUGGACGACCUGGCUCCAACCAGAGGGUGCUCCUUCGAGCCAAGUUGGUCACCAAGUCGCCGUUAGCCAUGGAGCUUCACCCGCCACCUGUAGGAACGGUACAACCUACAACACGUGGUCCACCAAGUCCACCUGGUCCACUUUGUCCACCCGGUCCACUUGGUUCAUUCGAUUUCACGGGACAGCAACAGCAUUUAUCGACAUUAACUCCGUCGCUUAAGGUAGUAUCUUCGUCGGUUCCGAUUAUGACUGAAUCGAUCAUGACAGCGCCGACUAUGGUGGUAGCCAAAUCGCCAACUACAGUGGUAGCGAAUACGCCAACUGUGGUGGUAGCCAAUACACCGACUGCGAUGGUAGCGACUAUGCCGAUUACGAUGAUAGCGACUACGCCGACUAUGGUGGUAGCGACUACACCGACUAAGAUGAUAGCGACUACACCGACUACGCCGACUACGGUGGUAGUGACUACGUCAACUACGGUAGUAGCGACUACGCCGACUACGAUAGUAGCGACUACGCCGACUACGGUGGUAGCGAUUAUGACGGCAGCAACUACGUUGACUACGAUGACAGCGACUACUGUGACAGCGACCACUUCAAACGCGGAAAUGCAACCGGCGUCGCCAGCGAUAAGUGAUGUCCAGACGACGAAUACGAGUAGUCGACAGAGUAGCAGCGCUAGCAACAAUUUAGAUAGGCUCGGAAGGUCUCCGAUGUUAUCCAGAGAGAGAAAAGCUUCUAUCGAUUCGGCGAAAAGCGGGAAAAGGACGCAGAUGAAGUGCAAACAGAAACCCGAGUCAUCUUCUACGAGUAAUAAUAACUACGGACCAACCUCGUACAUGAACGAUGAAAUUUUUGUAGUCGAGGCACCGACGUUUCAUCCGACGGAGAAGGAUUUCCAGGAUCCUCUGGAAUAUAUAGACAAAAUAAGACCGAGCGUCGAGAAGUUUGGAAUAUGUAAAGUCGUGCCUCCGGCAAAUUUCAAACCAGAAUGCAAGGUGUCUGAUGAUAUGAGAUUCACCGCUUACAAUCAAUAUGUACAUCGCAUGCUUCAUAGAUGGGGUCCUAAUGUGAAAGAAUUGAUGGCUAUCAAGAAAUAUUUAGCUACCCAAAGUAUCACCUUAUCUCACCCACCAUGGAUCGGUGGGAUGGAAGUCGAUUUACCUCACUUGUAUCAAACAGUUCAAAGUUUAGGUGGAUUGAAAGAGGUCAUUGAAAAAAAGAAGUGGCAAAAGGUAGCAGAUGGUAUGAAGAUACCCAAAUCUGCGCAAGAUCGUGUUACUAAACUAGAUGAUAUUUAUUGUAAAUAUCUGUUACCGUACGACACGUUAUCUCCAGACGAACGUGAAAAACUAUUUGACGAAGUUGAACAGGAAUGGAUAAAGCGCGAAAGUAAAAACUUGGAAAGACAAGAGACAUCAUCCACUGAUAACGAUGAGGAAGAAGAGGACGACAGUUCCGACGAGAUUGAGGAAUGCAUUGUAAAAGGGAGAAACAUGCCGUUGAAUGCUUUUUACCGAAUCGCUCGUAACACGCAACGUAUGUGGUUCGGUGAAAAUCAACGAGGCAGCAACGAAACUGAAGGUGCCUCCGCGAGUGAAGUGGAAAGUGCAUUUUGGAAACACGUUGCUGAGAGAAAACGGCACGUAUGUGUACACGCGGCGAGUAUCGAUUCGAGUGGACGUGGAUUUGGCUUCCCUGUUGUCAAAAACAGCCCAUUCGCUAGACAUCCGUGGAAUCUUAAAGUACUCACUAACAAUGCUGGGUCGGUAUUGAGAGCUUUGGGUCCAUUAAUGGGUGUAACUGUACCAACAUUGCACGUGGGUAUGUUGUUCAGCGCUUGUUGCUGGUAUCGUGAUCCUCACGGUUUACCAUGGAUAGAAUAUCUACAUACGGGCGCAAAAAAAAUCUGGUACGGAAUACCAGAUGAGCACAAUAACAGUUUCCGGGAGGCGCUCUCGAAAAUGGUGCCACAAUAUUGUAAAAAUAAAACAAUAUGGUUACCAUCGGACACUGCCAUGGUACCGCCGAAGUUAUUAAUAGACAACGGUGUAUCGUUAUGCCAGAUCGUACAGGAACCAGGGCAAUUUAUAAUUGUAUUUCCGAAAGCGUUCACGUCGAGCAUAUGUACUGGUUACGUAGUAUCAGAAAGUGUAUAUUUUGCACAACCAUCUUGGUUAGAAACCGCCGAGCAAGUGUUCAAAGAUAUACAAGACAGUUGUGAGCCGUCUAUUUUUUCUUUUGAGAGGUUGUUAUUUAAUAUUAUUAACGAUACAAGAUCUCAAAUAGAUAUAUUGAAACAGAUACUGCCAAGUGUGAUAAAGAUUCGUAAGAAAGAAUUAGAUUAUCGUAAACAGCUAAAAAAUUUGGGCCUUACCAAAAGAGAAAGAGUGCCUCUACCAGGUAGUAAAAAAGGGAAAAAAAGGAAAAGAGUAAAAGAAGAUGACGGUGAUUAUGAAUGUGAAACAUGUAGAGCCAAUUUAUUUGUGUCAAUGGUGACCAAUUCGCAAGAAGACAGUUUUUACUGUUUACCACACGCGUUGCAAUUACUCAGUCGUAAAAAGCAAAUUUUGAAACAUUGCACUUUAAUGUAUACAUACGAUGAAGACGAAUUGGACGAAUUGAUUCAAAAACUGCAACACAGGAUCGAAGCCAAAUCUAAAAAGACUAAUCAAAUCAAACAAAAUAGAUAAAUUUGUUAUCUAAUUUAUUUAUAAUAAAUAAAAUAUCAUUAUAAUAAUAAAAUAUCCUUAAUAAUACAUGGAUAUUUUCUCCACAUAUACAAUGUAAAUCAGAGUGACUGUCCACUAUGAUUUUUUCAAGAACGGUUAAAAAUAAGACAAUGAAGUGAACAUUUUAUACAUCGCGAAUUAACUCAGUAGAAUUCAAUAAAAAUAUUUUCAAAAUCUCCUGCCUGCCCCCCGCUAUUAGAAGGUCAAUUACUCGAAAAGGGUAUGUUUUGAGUUCAGGUUGUGAAAAUGUUUAUAAAGACAAAUAACUUUUGCUCCUAGCAAUUGUUUGAGAUCCUUAACCAUUCUAAGUAUUUUCAAUGAACUUUGAAUUUUAUGCAAAAUAACUUUUUUUAGUCAAAGUAAUAGAAUCUAAUUCUGAAAGAAGAUUCUAAAAGUGAGUAAUAAGAGCUUUCCAAUUACACUACACACUUUUAGUCCAAUGACGGUUUCACACAUUCUGCACUGUAAAAAUAAAAAACAUUAUAAUAGACAGUCGCUCUGGUUCACCCUGUAUGGUGUGUGUGUGUACACACACACACACACACACACACACGUAUGUGUGUGUAUAUAUAUAUAUAUAUAGAUAUGUAUAUAUGUAUGUGUGUAUAUAUAUAUAUAUAUAUAUAUAUAUGUAUAUAUAUAUAUAUAUAUAUAUAUAUAUAUAUAUAUAUAUAUAUGUAUAUAUAUGUAUAUAUAUAUAUAUAUAUAUAUAUAUAUGUGUAUGUAUGUAUGUAUGUAUGUAUAUGUAGAAUUCAGGUAUUAUUAUGGAUUAUAAUCAUUAUAAUCAUUAUAAUGGAUAUUAUUAUAAUGAAUAUAAAAGAGAUUGUUUUUUAUAUAUAUUUAUUAUUAAGAUGAGGAUAGAGUUAUCGUAAUGCGCAUGACAUAAACAACAUGAUCGCAUUAUGAAGUAAAUGUGAGAUUUAUCUGAAAAUAGAUUCUCCUUAUUGACAAUGUCUGAGGAGAACCGGCAUUUGUACUUUUUAAUACUUUUGGUGAUAUUUAUACACACACAGGUUAGAUUAUACGCCUUUUUAUAGCUGCGCGCUUUUAGGCUUUAAAUGCCUCUUCUCUUUCUAUAUUAACCGUAUCCGCCUAUUGUACCAAAAUUUGUUUAAGAAAUUUCAAUUUAUUUAAAAUUCAUAUAGAAAGACAAUACAAAAACUUGUAUAAAAAAUUGAAGUUUUUCGUGUAAUUUGAUUUAAAAUUUUAAAUAAUAAAAGCAAUAUAUAUAAUAUAUAUUAUUAUAUAGAUAUAAAAAUACUGUAUCUAUAUAUUUGUUGCGAAAUUUAUUUUCCAAAAAGUACCAACUUUGCAUGUUACUAAAACGUUAGAACAAAAUAUUAGAGUAAAAUUCCAAAGAAGCGAGAAAAUUGUAUGUAUCCAUUAUAUCUCAAUUUAGUUUUUAAAAUCUAAUAAUAAAUAGGUGAUCUUGUCUACUAACUAUUGUAAUUUAUUAGCAUAACUGCUUGAGAGAAUUACAUAAUAUAUGAUUUUUUUAUAGUUAUGUAUUAUUUAUUAAGAAUACGCGGUACGUACAUUUAAAAUAAGGCUUUGACAAUAGCAAAUUAAGGAUAUUCCGUAGCGGAAUAUAAUCAUAAGUUAUAUAUUAAUACAUAUCUCGAUAUCUCCUGUUUGAUCAUGAACACAUUGUAUACGGUGUCCUACUUUCCUAAGUCGUUCCCAAGGCCCGUACAUCAUAUAUAUUAUAUUUGUUCGGCUUUUGAUUUAAAUUACCAUGCGAUCCCGUUAGUUUUGCAAUAAACAAUCAGAAAUUUAUUUUAAAUAUGGUGCACUGUCAGUAUGUGAUUAUGUAGAAAUGCGCAAAAAUGAGAUAUCUCGUAGCCCGACUUCAACGUACGGUUUCCGAAACACGAGGUAUUUUGUAAACCGUAUGCAAUGUGUUAACAUUUUGACUGCCACACUGAAUUCCAGCAUAAACUUCAUCAUGCUCAAAUUCUUUGUGUGACCGCUGAAAAUAAUCAUAUAUUAAAGUAUACAAGAACCGGUUAUUUGAAACAAACUAUGUAAAUUCUACUAUCUAAUAUAUAUUCAAUACCUUUUUUAUAUAAUCUUAAUCUUUUCUAUAGUGUUCACGCGAUAUAAAAAGCGUUCAUAGUAUACUGCAAGUUAUUAUUUUUUUUAUAUACGAAUUUACGACAUGAUAACAUCUUUCAGAAAUAUUUGAAAGCUCAUGAUAAAAAUAAAAUUAUAAUUAUUGCAAUCUUUUUGGAAAGAUUCUCUACUUACAAACUUUUAUGUAAUGAUGCAUUUAAUUGACAUAUUUUUUGCAAAUAAUUAUCAAGCGCCUCUUUUAGGGCGCCCAUCUCUAUACUGACGAAGGUUUACUUCUUGAAACGAAAAUAAAAUUAAAAUGUAAGUUGUUACAAAUGUAAGAUCAUCUUUUCAUCAAAAUCAUCAACCAUAAAGAUAAACUUAAUAAUUAUCAAUUAUCAUAAUAAUUAUCAAGAGACACAACAGUGUCUUGCGUCAAGUGCCCGCGUGAACAAAUAGUCUGCUAAAUAUAAUAACACAAUUAAGAGCAGGUAAAAUUUUCAUAUCGCCGCAAUGCUAGCUGUAUAAGUUGGAUUCUGAGCGAUAUUAUAUUAGUUAGGUUGCUUUCCAAAAUACCAUGUAAAAUGUAAUCUUGAAUUUUGUCUUUAAUACAUUUAGUAUAUAUUAUAUUGAUAUUUUACUUUUUCUAUAUUUCCAUAUUCACAAUAUCCUUAUAAAUAUUUAAUAAAAUCACUUCCAAUUGAGUAAAUAGAACUGUCACUCAUAAUUGGGUGACGUGGCAGUCAAAGUGUUAUCGAAUAUAAUGUUACUAUUGAGACAUGAAAAGUCUGAGAUUGAAUUUGUUAAAAAUUUUAUAAUUUUUAGGAAGCUUAUUUGUGUGAUUGAAAAAUAAAUAGGAAAAUAAAUAUAUUUGCCAAGAAGUAACAUUCAUAUGUAAAAUAUUUAUUAAGCUCUAAUCACAAGAUAGAAAAUCCAUCCUCAAUAUGAGGAUAUAAAAGUAAAAUUAACUUUAUUUAUUUCUUUUUGGUACGACAGGAUGCGUUGUUGUUAAUAUAUUGAAUAUCGCGUAUGUAAGCUAUACAAUAAUUAUUUCACAAUGACUUGCAAUCAUAUACAUACAAACAGAAUUUUCUUGAAUAUCUGUAUAAAAUAAAUUGCAUCUGAAUUUUA